CACAAAUUAGAAACACGUUUUCGUUAUAAAUGCUCACUUGCAACUACAGAAAAUGUAGGCAGCUACUAGACACCGAUGCCAUCGCCACCAGUUGUCAGCAUAUCUUCUGUGCAACACACAGUCCUCUUCAUCUGAAAACCUCCGAUGGCAUGUUUCAAUGUCCAGCCUGCAAAUCCAGACUGCAUGAGAAUUCAGAUAUAUAUGAAGUUAACUUGCAACCAUGUGAACAGUUUCGAAGCAUGAUUCUGAUGGGACAAACACCCGAAACUGUCUUGGACAUAUGUCGCAGAGCUAUUGCAUUUUACUCCACACAAACUGCUCAGGAAGUCAAAUAUUUAGAGUAUGUCAUUUACAAGCUCCAGGAAAAGUGCAAAGGUAUGGAAAGUCAAUUCAAGUCUCUGCUGAGCAACUAUGAACAGAAGAUCAAAAGCCUUCAAAAUGAGAGGGAUUCUGUAAGACAUGUUUAGCAUAAUCUGUCUUUCUUUCAAGUUGCAGAAGGAGUGCGAAGAACUGCGAGAUAAACUUGUAUCGUCAAGUCACAAACUCUCGAAGUUGGAAAGUGAUUUGAAUCAGUUGAAUUUGUCGAGGAGAUCAGGAUCCAGUCAUGCACUUCCUGAUUCUGGCCAUUCCAAUCUAUCAUCAGACACGCUACAUCGAAAGUUUCCUAG